AUGUCUUCAAGGAAGAACACCACACAGCCAAGCAACGACAAGGCCGACUCCGACACUGACAUCGACGCCGAGUAUGUGAGUGAUGAUGGAGCUUUCGUUAUCAACACACAGGCGCCGCGACCUGAUCUGGAAGAGGCAGCCUUCAAGACAGACCCAAGAAAGUACUUUCCUGUCCCACCGACAGGGUACAUCUAUCACAACAAGGUGCCGAAGGUGCCCAUGGUGAUGGUACUCACUGGUCAACUCAAGCGCAAGUCAAAGUACAAGGCCAACCCAGAGACCAGGGAAUACUACGACUCCAAAGGUUCCGUCGAAGAGCCUCAAGAUGGGGACAAAGUCAAACCAGAGGCUGGCAGAUGCCUGAACUGCAUCAAGUCAAGCAACAGAUGCCAUGGAACCUCAGUCAAGGAUGGGAAGUGCCUCAAUUGCCAAGGCUACAACCUGAAGAUGGAGCGAGCGAGACAAUCCAGAGUCUGCCGCUGGAAGACUGCCUCGAGAAACGUCUACACAUACUCACAGCAUGUGCAGACUUUCGGCGGUACCGAGAUCCGGCAGAAUACCGCGGCUGCAAAGAGACAAAAUGAACAGCCAUAUGUCACAAUCUUCCAGGCGCCAUUCGACACUGGCUACGAGCGACAAGUGCUGGGUUGGCUGGUCACAGGCGCCCUGGGGACUAAUCUGGCGGAUGAGGACACGUCACUCAACCUCGACAUCCUUUACAACGUUGUUCGGGCACGGUACAUGUGGGCCAGAGACUUGACUCCGGCGCAGGCUCAGGGUCCGUUCAACUCUGAGCAAGACAGGCAGAACUUCCUCGCUGUACUCAAUCAUAUGUACCGCCGCCUCCAGAUGAUGAUGAGAGAUGGCGAUGGUAUCGAGUACAACGACUUUCUUGCCUGGCUGCCGGAGAAUCACCAACUGUACAAGCGGCGAUGGGUUUUGUUCCAGAGUAGACUGUGGUGUGAGAAAAGUUUGUGGCAAGAUUGA